AUGCCAAUUUCUCGCCAUAACCAAAACAUAUUGGCUUCACCUGGCCAUUCGGCCUCGAUUUCAGUCACAAGUGAGCACCCGGAUGCCAGUCGAGCCCGAGUUGCGCUGCUGGGUAAUGUCACCAUAUUUGAGAACCUUGAGACCGUCCCGGAUGUAGAUGUCAUGCGAUCAUGCUACGUCGCUAAACACCCCGAUGCUCGCCGCUGGGUUCCUGGACCCCGAGAGCCUCACGUUGCGUACUGGGCAAGAUUUGACCCACACACUGUAUACUAUGUGGGAGGCUUUGGUAGCGAGCAUUUCAUUGGCUACAUACCGCUCAAUAUAUACCAGAAGAGCGGAUUCUCCGACGCAGCCUCGGCAGGCACGAAGCAAAUUCUCAUGGGUUGA